CUUUAGGGCCGUUGACAACGGAAAAAUAAUGUGCCUUCACAAACUUGUGUGUGCUUUUAUACUGGCUACGGCGACUGUUAAGGUUACAGGCGAAGAGUACUACAUUACAACGAGCUUCACUUCUUGGAAUAAUGUACCGAAGGACUGUCGGAUGGCACAGCCAGAAUAUGGGCAUGAUACUGAUACAGGGACAAUUAUUCUGAGAAGAAAUAUCAUUCUGAAUGCGACGCUUCAACAUGACGUCUGGAUUGGAUAUUUCAUGGCCCUUACACAAUUUGAAUAUCAUGGAUGCACAAUGUUAACGACACCAGAUUAUCUGAACGUAACCAGUCUAGUAGAUUGUCAUUAUGCGUGCAAUGGAACUUACUUCGGACUUGAUUGUUCUUCCAAAGAGCUGAAAUGCACAUGUGUGGAUGAACUACCAGAUAGCCUUUUGAGAUCAUUGUGUUUCGCACAUGAGGAUUUCGUCUGUGGAAAAGGAAAUAGGCAAGCCAUAUACAGUUUUACAAAUGAUAUAACUUCAAUAGAGCAAAACAAAGCAACAAUUGCUAAUAUGUGCAUGGCAUCUGCUUCCAAGCCCAACAAAUCGGCUUGGGUCAAGUGUAAAGAUGAAAACAAAGAGAGGCGCGUUUGGUGUCGAACCGCCGAAACCGGUGAGCAGUUUGUAUCGGACGAAACGUUUGCUGCUUGGAAUGAAGCUAAUGACUUCUGCGCUUACAAAAGUUCGUUACCGUCUUCAGCAGUAGGCUACAACAGCGACAAUAUCGACAAUAAGGCGUUCACAAAUAGCUUUCGGAACUGGACUCUCCAGCAAGGAAAUGGAAGUACCAAUGUUGGUCCGAUGAUGUUUGCUUACGUAAGUCCUAACUCCCAAGAGAUCAGGUUUUCUGCUAACGCAAACAAGCCCAAGCAUGUCUUAUGUAUAGGACAAAAGCCAACUACGAUUGUAACCACAACUUCACUGAAUAAUACACAAUCAACGACUGCUUCGACGACAACGGACGAUCAUUCUAACGCUUCAAAACAACAGGCUUCCCUAGAAGGCUCUACGACUACUGUUGUUGCAGCAGGGGUCUCAGUUACAGUCGCACUAACGGUUGCAGUUGUUGUGAUUAUUUUGGUCCUGCGGAACAGGAAUAAAUUGUGUUUCGCAAACACAAAGAGAUCAGCAUUGGUGAACCGAGACGAUGACCAUCCCAUAUCAUUAGGAAGGGUUACCCAUAAAUCCACCGCAUACUUCCAAACCCUAGAAACUUCUGUGUCCAUCCAAACGUACACUGCCCUGCAGAAGGAAAGCGCAUGCACCAAGGACGCUGAUAAAGAUAAUCCCGUCGCGAACGCAGAUGUAACCAAUCAAAAUACGAAUACCAGACCGAGUCAACACGACUCAGAGGCCCGUGCCUACGUUGUGUUAGAUAAAGACGGAUUUAAACAGCAGAUAAGCGCCACCAAUGGCAUUCCAACAGAAGUAAACGACUACUUUGUUCUAGAAAAACAACAACCAAAUAAAGGAAACAGCAACGGUGUUUCAACAAAUGAAGUGCAUCCAUACUUUGUGUUGGAGAAUGAAGGUGAUCGGCCGUUUCAAGACAUACCUCCACAAGCAGGAGAUGCUUACUUCGUAUUAGAGAAACAACCCAAGGGAAACUCACCACCAAUAAAAACAGCAAAUGCGCUUGAGUUGGAUAACUUUGAUGGAGAUACGUAUCAAGAGAUAGAUACGAAUGACACAUACGCCAGCAUUGAUGAUUCACGAGAGGACAACAACGACUACGAUUACACUAACAAGGGAUUCAAGGACUCGCGAAAGGAAAUUUCAAACAACAUUUACAACCAUCUUAACUCUGCUGGUGACGAGUAUGAUCAUGUAGGCAAAGGGCAAAACAACGUUAAAGCGAUGGAGAAUCACUAUGACAUGUCGUCUAGUGCCGUUAGAAAAUAAACAUGGCUAUGGAAACGAAACUUCCCGGAUGUGUAUAUAGUUUUUGCAUUUAUUUAGUUUUAGUUCAUUAGAAGAUAGAGUUUAAAUUAUCAAAAUAAUGAAUACAUUAUAGUUGAAUACAUGCUAAAACAUGCUUGCUGUAUUAUAAAUUAUCAUAUAUAACUAGAUCUUUUCACGCUCUUAUUCUCAUAUGUACUAAACGUUCUUCUUAUUCAUUAAAGCUAACCGGCAAACGCCUCUCUUCAUACCAUGUGUAUAAUACAGUUCACGCCUUAUGAUAUUUUAACGGAUAAUAAUAAACAUUAACUAACA